GUGAGGUGAUCUGCUAGCAGUUGAGGUGUGAACACCAAGGGAGGAGAAACUAAGUUAUCAAUGAUGUAACUCCAAUAGAAUGUACAUUUGCCAGCAUCCAAGAACCUUCACGAGCAGGGUUCAGAGCAGGUCACAAUACAGAAAUGGGUUUCGUUGCACUUAUGGUCUCCUUGUUGUUGUGGACAGAGCUGAAACCUCCAUGCUCAUACUUCUUGACUGAUUCACAGGUGUCAGCUGCAAGGUCUUACUGACCUGCUUUCAAUACCUGUGUGGGUGAGCAGUAUAAUUCAAAUCUAGAUCCAGUCGCUUCUCUCCAACAGAUCAGAGAGUAGUGAUGGGCAACAGCUCCUUGUCUCCAAGCCCUCACAGAGGGAUCAGUCCUGCCCUCUCCUUUUCAACAACUUUAGGAAAAAUCAUUAGGCAUCAUAGACUCCAGUGCUAUCAAUAUGCUGAUGUCAACAACAGGCUUUACAGCUCAUUCUCAGCAGUGCUGGUGUCACAAAUCCUAUGUGAGAUAAGCCCACAAAUGAGACACAGACAUCACAAUGCCUACAGGAGACAAGCCCCUGACUGAAGCUCAGUCCAGGUGAGACAGAAGUGAUAGCUGGUAGGAAGAGGUAAACAAUCUGAGGAUCUUAAAAAAACAUGACCACCAAAGGCACCUGUCAAGAUUACCCAGGUAACAUGAAGCAUUGGAGCACUGCAAGACUCAUCCCUGCUUCUUGGGAACCAGGUAACAACACUACCAGGAAUGCCUUCUUCCACCUCUGCAGAUACAGGAGACUUCACCUCUUUGAUCAGACAAAGAUCUCACAAUCCAUGUUUGUCACCUCUAGAUCGUGUGACUGUAAUUCCCUCCACUUGGGGUGAUCGAUGAGGGCCAACCCAAAACUCCAGCUUUUUCACUUGGCAGCAGCCUGUUACUGAGUUGCAAGAAACACAUGACACCAGAGUUCCACAUUCCCCUUCUGGGAAUGGGCCCACUUCAAUAUCCGGUCCUAACCUCAAAGUCUUUAAUGGGCUGGAGCCAGGUUACCUGCUCAUAAGACCACAGUGCUUCUUGGGGACACAGAUCCUCCUAGAGUAAGAAUAUUGGCAGCUGAAGGCAGGGUGAAUUGGGUACUGGACCCUACACAGCGAAAUAAUCUACCAGGGGAGACCAGAAUGCAUUCCAGAUCCACCACCUUGAAAGCUCAGUGCAAAAUGCAUGUUCCUGCAAACGUCUAACCUAGCCAUAGUGAUGGGGCAAAAAUGAUUUUAUAUAAAUGCAUAUAUAGCUCUUACCUCAGGUAGGUGAGAGAAGAGCCCAGUCUGGUUUGUCUUGUGCCUCUCUUAUUUUACUAUUUCCAUGCCUGGAUACUACAGCAAGUCAUACUCUCUCUAUAUCACAGCUAGCUAGAUUGUUAAAAGACUCUUUUUCUACAUGUCACAGGUGCUGAAUUGUGACCUGGCCGCUAUACUUGAUGACAUCACUCCUCUGUCACCGAGUGGGGCUUUCAUAACACCUGACAAGUAGUCCUCCUACAGCUUGCACUCUCAUCCCUGUUUCUUGCCCAACCAUACUAAGAACAUGAGGAUGCAGUUCACAGAAAAGAACCACAACAGCUUGGUGCUGCAGGCCCUUAACAAGCAGAGAAAGAAUAGGGAGUUCUGCGACGUGGUACUCAGCGUGGACCAGCAGGUCUUCUCUGCCCACCUCAAUGUCUUGGCAGCUGUGUCUACCCACGUGAAGAAUCUGAUCUCAAGCAAUGACAUGAAGAUUGGUGAUGAGCUCUUUAUCAUCAUCGAUGCUAAUUUCCUGAAUCCUACCUUGGUGGAGCAGCUGCUGGACUAUUUCUACACUGGUAAGGUGUUGGUGUCUGAGAAGAAUGUGGAGGAGUUGCUGAAAGGGGCUAACUACUUCAGCUCAGAGUCUCUAAGAGCCCACUGCUCUGACUUCCUCCUCAGGUCCCUCAAGAAGAACAACUGCCUGUGCUACCUGUUUCUAGCCAACACUUAUGAGCUGAAAGAGGUGGCAAACAGUGCCUACGCUGGUAUCCGUGACAACUUCCACUACUGGUCGGGCCCAGAGGGAAUUUCAGACCUCCUGCACUGCCCCCACCAGAUCUUUGGCAAGCUGCUAAAGGACGAGAACCUUCACGUGCAGAAUGAGGAUCAAGCCUUCCUUGCCCUGCUCCAGUGGGUGAAACACAAACGGGGAGAAAGAGAUAAGUAUUUCAAAAAGUUUUUCCCCUACAUUCAUUUAACUGGUGUCUCGACCAAGACGCUGCUGGCUGCCAGCCGCGAAGUGCUGCUGUUUGAGAGUCACUCUGGCCCCCUGGCCCAGAUGGAGACCAUUUUGAGUGACAGAAAGCAAGAAACUCCUCAAAGUCUGCUGCUUUUCCAAAGAAAGGGGGCCUUAAUGGACUCAGUGGUGAUUUUAGGAGGCCAGAAAGAGCAUGGUAGAUUCAAUGAUGGGGUUUUUGCUUAUAUUAUUGAGGAGAACAUGUGGCUAAAACUAACGGAGAUGCCGUAUAAAGCAGCCGCUCUCAGUGCAGCUGCAGUAGGGAGGUACAUCUACGUCUCUGGAGGAACAACAGAGCAGAUAUCUGGCUUAAAGACUGCCUGGAGGUAUGAUAUAGAUAACAACUCCUGGACUAAACUGCCUGAUCUGCCCAUAGGUUUGGUCUUCCAUACCAUGGUGACGUGUGGGGGAGUGGUGUACUCUGUAGGAGGCAGCACAGCCCCAAGAAAAUAUGUCUCUAACAUCUACAAGUAUGACGAGAGGAAAGAGAAGUGGACACUGGCUGGGAAGAUGAGCAUUCCUAUGGAUGCAACUGCAUUGAUCACAAAGGAAGACAAGUCUAUUUAUAUUGUGACGGGAAGAUGCCUGGUCAAUGGGCGAUUCUCCCGAGUAGGGAUGGUGGAUUGCUUUGACACUCAGACAGGAGAAGUGGUACAGUACCUCACCUUUCCCAUUGAAUUCAAUCACAAACCUCUGUUGUCUUUUCAACAGGACAACAUCCUGAGCAUACAGAGCCACAAACAAAGUCUGAACAUAAACCUGCAGAAGCCUAAAGCCAACAGGUCCACAAACACUGUGCCUCUCUUGCCAAAUAAUUAUACUUUGGAUUUGUCUCAUGCAGUAUGCUCUAUUGGUGACAACAAGGUGUUCGUGUGUGGAGGCAUCAUUUGUGCAGGUGACAAGCGUCCUGAAGAUUAUUCUGUCAAUCCAAAUGCCUACCUGUUAGACCAAAAGACAGGGGAAUGGAAAGUUUUGUCCAAUCCUCCGGAAGCUCUGGAUUGCCCAGCUUGCUGUACAGUUAAACUACCUUGCAAGAUUCUCCGAAAAAUUGUAAUAAGUUAAUUUGGAAAAAACAAAUACAAUUCCUAGCAAUAAAGAAUGAUUGAAUCGCUGAUACAAACAAAUGAUACAUUAUUAAUUCACUUUGUUUCUUUAUGUCAUAGCAGAUUCCAGUGGAUGUUACUAUUUAGCAUGCCCAUCAGUGGUCCCUCAUUCUAAGGAACAGUCACUUAUUUGUAUCCCAGUAUUACAAAUUUGAUGUUCCUUCACUUUGAAGAUUCUUUAUUUCAGCAAUAGAGAAUCAUGGGCCUGAGAUUAUAGAAAGAGUUCUUAAACUGAAAGGAGUCUGACGGUGUUUUAAAUUUCAUGCAUGACUAUUUUUUGGGUGCCCCUCAUUUUGGGUCUCGGUCACACGUUGCAUUCCAUAUUUGGGUCUGGCCAGGUGCAAAAGAAUGCUGUGCAACAAAGGAUAUCUACAUCUAUUUACAAAUCAAAGGCCUGCUCUUG